AUGAAGUUGCUCACCUCUGUGUUGGCUUUCUCUCUCUCCCUGGGCGUCGCUCAAGCCGCCCUUAACGGUCCUUGCACCAUUCCUGGUGUCGGACCUGGAACUUGCCUCCGUACAGCGGAUUGCGCAGCCGGUGGAGGAGGAAGCUUCACCGGCUAUUGCCCCAGAGACCCUGCAGACGUCAAGUGCUGCUUCAAGCGAUGCCCUGGCGCAAACGGCACUGGACGAUGCCGUCCCAUCAUCGACUGUGUCAGCGGUCGAACCCUCACUGGCUAUUGCCCAGGCCCUGCCACAGUCAAGUGCUGUAUGCCUCUGCUGUUGCGCAAGGACGACGGCGCAUCUGAGGAGCUACCUUUGCCGGAGGCAGAAGAGUCAGAGUGA